CUGUCCAGCUUGUGAUGAGCACGCAGCAUUUUGGGCUGCUGGCUACUCAAUAUUCUACCUUAUGUUAAGCUACCGCGAAGAUGAUCGGAUCCAUAGCAUUUGUUUUGUGUGUGCUUGGUGUUGCGACAUCAGAGGCCUCGUCGUGCGGUCGUCGUCCUGAUGGUGUUCGUAUUGUAGGAGGUGACGAGGCGGUGCCUCAUUCGUGGCCUUGGCAGGUGUCAAUCAGACUCAAAGGAAGCCAUAUCUGCGGGGGGUCCUUGUUGAGCCCGCUCUGGCUGUUGACCGCUGCUCAUUGUGUUAUCAGAAGUAAUAACUCCGCUGACUACACGGUCAUCGUAGGUGCGCACAAACGAGUUCUGGACGGGACGGAGCACAAACUCAGCACGUUCUACAAACACGAGAAGUACGUGGGAGGGAAGGACAAGAAACAUGACCUCGCGCUCAUCAAACUCGCCAAACCUGCUACAUUCAGCACCAAGGUUAGCCCGGUGUGUCUGCCCAAACAAGGAGAUCUAAUGAAGGAAAGGGAGAACUGUUUUGCAACAGGAUGGGGGAGAGUCUCGUCCUCUUUGUUGCAUUCAAGGGCCAAGAAGCUGCAGCAAGGUAAAGCACCCAUCGUAGAUCACCAAACCUGCAUCAGGAAAAUCAGCCAAUGGAAAGACGGCAUUGACCAGCAAUCCAUGGUCUGUGCCGGAGGCGCCGGCAAUAGCGUCUGCCAUGGGGACAGCGGUGGUCCUCUCGUCUGCGAGGAGUCUGGGCACUGGGUCCUUCGCGGCGCUGCAUCAUGGGUAAGUAGUAUGACGUGCCCGGGCAAGAAGUACGCGAUCUACGUCAGGGUCAGCUCGUACAUUGAUUGGAUCAAACGGAUUACUUCCGGUAAUGUGGAUGGCGGAAAUGGCGGAGAUGGGAAUGGCGGAAACGGGAAUGGAGGAGGCGAAAAUGGCGGAGACGGAAAUGGCGGAGACGGAAAUGGCGGGGACGGAAAUGGCGGUAACGGAAAUGGAGGAGACGGAAAUGGAGGCGGUGGUGGAGGUGGCACCGGUGAUUGCAAAGAUUCAAAUGCGAGCUGCCGGUACUUUCAGCACAUGUGCAAUACCGUAAAAGAUAUGUGCAAAAAGACGUGUAAAGUGUGCACCUGAGCGCAUACAGCUCAGUGUAGGUACGACGCGUUGAUAAAACGAUUAUCAAUCUCACAACUUUGGAGUUAUAGACGAUAUAUCCUUCUUUUGUUGUCAAAACUCAUUGUACUUAUUUGACACAACAGCAAUAAACAGAGAAAGCCUUCUGUA